AGUAUGGAUGCAGGAAGCUUGAUUGCCAGAACUUUCUCAACUUUCUUUACUUUUUUUGCCCGAGGAAGACAUUUCGGGAUCCGGUGCGAGGACAACUAUUAAGGGGAUAUUUUUAAAUUCCCUCUCGGUUUACAGAAUGUAUAACCGGUACAUCCCUCCUACCAAGGAGAAGCAAUCGCGCAUUAGACCACAAACAACAUCGGCUGCAUCCGACCAUCCAUACGGUCGCUCCACCCGCGGCCAGACACCCGCAGAACCAUCACAGCGCCCCCCCACGCAACAACCACAGCGCAUUGUCUUUGACGAUGCCGACCUUCCGCCGAUUGACGACAGCAAUAGAAAGCAGUCAUUAGACGAAGAAAUUGCGAGCAGGGCCGGGGACAAGAAACCAAAGAAGUCGAAGUCGAAAAAGAGCAAGGAUGACACCGAAGACGGAGCUAUUGUGGCGGAACGAGAACCGAAACGGGAAAAGAAGAAAAUGAGGAAACGAGAAGACAAACCCGAUGUUGAGAUGGUCGACGGCGAUGAUGACCGCAUCCGCAGGAGGCAUAAGUCGGUUUUUGACAAGGUGCAAAAGUCAUUGCAGACUAAGGAUGACGUUGAGGAUGCCAGCGAGGAGGAAGCCGCUGAACCGGAGGUGGAACACGACCUCGAGCCGCUCCCUCAGCCGGAACCCGUUAUAUUUGACGAGUCAAAGUUGACAUACGAGACCCUGCCACCAUGGCUUGCCUCCCCGGUACGCGUGGGCCCCGACAUAACGCGGCCGUUUACCGAGUUGGGGAUCGCCCCGGAAUCAUCCAAGGUUCUCGAGACCAAGGGCUUGAAGGACGCUUUUGCCGUCCAGACCGCCGUGCUCCCUCUCUUGUUACCCUCUCCCGACAGGCAGGGUGAUGUGGUCGUCGCAGCCCCAACCGGAUCCGGAAAGACGCUAUCGUAUGUGCUGCCGAUGGUCCACGACGUCAGCAAAAGCCGCGUUACUAGGCUACGGGCACUCAUUGUCCUGCCGACAAGAGACCUCGUCCAACAGGUGCAGCUCGCGUUCGAAGCAUGCACGGCCGCCUUUGCAGUCAACGGGGGCAAGAGGGUCAAGAUUGGGACGGCAAUGGGUAACAGGGUGUUCAAGGAGGAACAGUCCGUCAUCAUGGGGGAGGAGCAGAGAUACGACCCCGAGGGGUACAAACGGUAUCUACGAAAGCAGGACCAGAUCGUCAGUUGGGGGGACUCGGAAGACGAAGAAGAUGACCUGGAACUCGAACUCAAGCGCACCCAGCCGCUCCCUUUUCAUGUUAUCGACCACGUGUUCAAGGUCGACAUUCUCAUCUGCACCCCCGGCCGACUCGUAGAGCAUAUCGCCAAGACGCGAGGGUUCUCGCUCGACUACGUCCGCUGGCUAAUUGUUGACGAGGCCGAUAAACUGCUGACCCAGGAUUUUCAGCAGUGGCUGGAUAUUGUCAUGGAAAAGCUGAGCGUUGAGAAACCCGGUGCCCGCGACUUUCCCACCUCCAACAAGAGUGGGGUCCGGAAAGUCAUCCUUAGUGCGACGAUGACUCGAGACCUUAGUCUUUUGAACGGGCUGAAGCUGUCUAGGCCGAAACUUAUUGUCGUAGAAGGGACCAAGCCCGGCGAGCAGAACCUACCGUCCCUCCUCAAGGAAUUCGCCAUUAAGAUCCGCGAACCGAGCCUCAAGCCACUAUACCUAGUUGACUUGCUGCACAGCAAGCACAUGGCCGCCGUCAACUCGGACACUGCCGACGAAGCCACGGUAGAAUCCAAAAUCAGCGAUUCGGAGUCCUCUACAUCGGAGUCCUCUGCAUCAGAAUCCGACUCCGACAGUGAAUCCGACUCGUCUUCCUCCUCGGAUGACGAUGAGAGCGACGACGAACUCAAACCAAAAACCAAACAACCCACCCCCACCACUACCAACAAACCCACCCUUCCCACCACCGUCCUAAUCUUCACCAAAUCCAACGAAGCCGCCCUCCGCCUCUCGCGCCUGCUCGCCCUCCUCAGCCCCGACCUCGCCCCGCUCAUCGGCACGCUGACCUCGUCGACCAAGACCUCGCGCCGCGCCCGCACCCUGCGCGCCUUCGCCCAGGGCAAGCUGCGCGUCCUCGUCGCGUCGGAUCUCGUCUCCCGCGGCAUCGACCUGCUCAACCUCGAACACGUCGUCAACUACGACCUGCCCAUUAGCGAGACCUCGUACGUGCACCGCGUCGGCCGCACGGCGCGCGCGGGGAAGAGGGGCUGUGCGUGGACGUUGGUUGAACAUGCCGAGGCGAGAAGGUUCUGGAGGGAGUUUGCGGGUGAGGGGAAGGGGGCGGUGACGACGAUCGGGCGGGAGGGGUUGGUUGAGAGGGUGAGGGUUGGGGAGGGUGAGUUUGCGGAGGAGAGGGUGAAGGCCUAUGAGGGGGCGCUGGAGAGGUUGAGGGAGGAGGCGGCUGGUGGUAGGGAGGGGAGGAGGUAGCAUGUCGUGGGUGGUGGUGGUGGUGGUGGUGGUGGAUGUGUGGGUAGGGGUAUAGGGUCGAAUUACAUAUCUAUGGGGUUUGAGGGUUAGAAUAUUAUUAGUCUAUGGAAUCGACGUCACGGCUUCGGUACCUUUACCGCACCUGCC